AUGAUAAAUAAUAGAUUAGACAAAUUAGAAAACAAAGAAAGGAGAAAUAACAUCCUAAUCCAAGGCCUAAAUAUCAAGACGGAUGAACACAGCAUUCUAAAAGAGGAAAUGAAAACUUUCCUAGAUAACGAGCUAGGAGUGCAAGUAACAGUAGCACAUGCUAAAAAGUUAGGCAGUAAAACCUGUUUGAUCAAGCUAAGCAACGAGUCUGAAAAAUAUAAUGUCAUGAAGAAUAAAAUCAAACUAAGAGGGUACAGACAAGGAAAAAUAUAUAUUAACGAGGACAUGAGCAAGAAGGAGAGGGAUAUACAAGGACAAAUAAGAAUAAAGGCAAAAGAAGAACGAAGCAAGGGGAAGAAAGUCAAAAAAACCAAUCGCCCCAAUCCUCCAAGACCCAAUCAAAAUAAUCAACCCAUUAGAAGACCAAACUUUCAACCACCUAGAUGCACCUUUUGUGGACGCAUUGGCCACUCAAAUAACGAAUGUCGCUCUAGACAAAAUUCCCAAAAUAAUUCCCAGAAUUUUAACGAUACUCGAAAUUUCACUAGCUAUCAAAACUUCAAUAAUGCCCAAAAUAAUGGCUUUCAGAGGCAAAACUUCAGCCCGAAUAAUAACUAUCAAAACGCUAGAUCUAACGACCAACAAAGAUCUCAGUUCAAUCAAAAUAACCCACAAAUACGCCCUUCUGUAAUUCAUAAGAACCCAAAUUUUUCUAACGAUAGACAGAGAGCUCAUUUCGUUAACUACGAACAUGACUAUGUUCAUGAUUAUACCCCAGUUCCAAUUGAAAACUAUCAUUACGAAAAUUUCUCCGAUAAUAAUUAUUAUUCACCUCCUGAUUAUUACAAUUCAUUAGAUGAACAGACCGAUUUAAUUGAUAGCCAAGACUAUCAGGAUUUUCUCACAGUUCCAAAUCAAAACCACCCACCAGACAAUGCCAUUUCAAUCAGCGAACCUUUGUCUCAAAUAGAAAAUCAGAUCCAAACUCUAAAUUUAGACGACAUGAACCCGUCUCUGAAUUUUCCAGAACAGAAAUUUCUCUGA